AAGAGAAGGAAAAACAGCUGUUCGACGGUGGACAUGUUUAUCGGCGCGGCCGCACGGGGAUGCGUUGUCGUUUCGAGACACGUACGACGUCGACUCGCGAGAUAACGACGGGCGGGAAUGAUCGUGAUGUGAUCGCGGAAUGUGGGACGAUUACGAAUUGGUGGUGAGCGCGCUACGUCCGGUGCUACGUGCGUGAGGAAGAGUUUACGGCACUUACGGGUUAUGUUACGGUGGCCCCGCGCGCAAGGAUCAUGGCGCAGUGCAAGUUAACCCCGCGGGAGUUUAUCGGCAACGCUUUCUCUCCGCAGAUCGCCGUGGUCUGCUCGGCCGCGGCCGAUGUCGCGUGCCAGAAGAAUAAUCUAUCGUUCGUCGAGUUGCUCCAGCCGUUCUGUAAAUUGAACACCGAAGGUAAGGCGAGAGGACGGUAAACCGCGCCAGCUACGUCAUCCGUUCGCCAAGGAUGCCUACGCAUUGGAAACUGCGUACGGGUUGUACCAAAAGUUGGACUUUACACGCCAAUUGCAGUGCUUUAUUAAACCUGGAAUGUUAAUGCUAUUGAAUGAUGUCACUUUAAGGAUCCCCAAGGUAACACGGUAGCGAUUAGAAAUCUUCGACUUUCCAUACAAGACAUUAAUAUGCGGCCACCAGAACCCAGUCUUGCCAAGAAGUUGUUAAGUGAAGCGGUCAGUACUGCCCUGUGCGAACGCACAACCACAGUUCACAUCGGCACGACUGAGUUAGAUAUCCCUGUCUCUGUUCCUUGGUUCGAGGCAUGGAGAGAAACGUUUCUGAGCGUCCAGUUUCCGUCGGAUCACGAAUUCACGAAGCAUCUGCUCGCGUGUAUGAUAGUUGUCUCUACGGCAGAGGACAAUCCAUUGGAGAAGAUUCAGACUAUGGGAGCCCAAUUGCAUCAAAGUAUACCGGGAAAAUUACCUAAAUGGUUCAAUAAUAAUGCCCUUAGGUAUUACAUCUUAGUUCAUGAUGCUAUUCAGGAUGAUAGAAAUAAAGCAGAAACAGUUUUUACAGACAUGAAGACUAUUUAUGGCGCUAAUAAUUGCUUUCUAUUGCAAAUGAAUUCGAGACCGCCUGGUGUUUCUGACGAUAACAUGCAUUUACCUGACCCUUGGAGUCAAUUCUUGACAAAACAUUCGGAAUUGGUUGGUAGCAGCGAACAGAACAGUUCUCCGCGUACACCUGCGGAUAUGGGUGGAGUUUCUGCCAUGCCGAGCGAGCUGACUACAGAGACUGAAAAAACAAGUCAAGCCGGGACGCCAUUGAUGCCACACAACUGUGUUCCAUUGCCUUCUCCUGAUUUGGCGGAGUUAGUCACUGGAGUUGAUACGAUUAGUCUCUCAUCUGAAAUAUCCGAGUCGGCAAAUGCGAAUCUAGAAGUUGGCCAAGAAGCAGUUCCAGUCACAAUUCAUCCACUCAGUCCAGAUAAUGAAAAAUUGCAAGACUUUAUUCCCACAACUAAUACCAAGGGUCAAUCUGUUGUUACUAAUUCACCAAUAAAUACGAAUGUCUGGGCGGAUUCUCCGAAUUAUGUAGUUGCUCAACACGGUGCUCGUCUUUCCACACAAGAUCUAGAAAGAUUACGAACGUUGAUAACGGAAUUUUGUUUGCGAAGUUUGUUGCCUUAUGUAGAAAAGCAGAUUGGCCUAUUGAACGAUGUUAUUUCAAACAAGAGGGUCAGUAGAUCGCUGUUUAGCGCUACGAAAAGGUGGUUUAGUACAAAUAAACCUGGUGCACCAGGAUCGGCUCCAUCGAAUGCUGUAAUUUACACAGCAGAAUCGCCAGAGUUACAGUUACGACGCUUGGGUGAUCUGUGUUUCAUGUUUGGUCACUACUCGCUCGCUUAUCAGGCGUAUCACAGCGCAAAACGCGACUUUGCGGCGGAUCAAGCUUGGGUAUAUUAUGCAGGCGCUCUUGAGAUGGCUGCUUUAAGCGCUUUCAUGCAAGGCGAGACGAACAAAAAGACCAUUGAGUACAUGGACGAUGCGAUAUUGACUUAUUCGAACAGCUGUAAAAUGCCUCAGUUUGCGACAAGGGCAACGCUACUCAGUGCUGAGUGCUUAAAGGGUCGGGGAUUAUACGGAGAAGCCGCGAAGCAGUUGAUACGGAUGACCAGCGAGGAUUCCGAUUUACGUUCAGCUUUAUUGCUCGAACAAGCCGCUUAUUGCUUCAUCGGGCCGAAAAUGAUGCGCAAAUACGCAUUUCACGCAGUUCUGGCUGGACAUAGGUUCUCGAAGGCCGGCCAAAAGAAGCACUCUUUGAGAUGUUAUCAGCAAGCGUAUCAGGUAUAUUAUGAAAGGGGCUGGUCUUUAGCAGCAGAUCACAUCCAUUUCACAAUUGGUAGGCAAGCCGCAUCCCUGAAACAAGUCCCCGAAGCUGUAAAGGCGUUUGAAAAAUUACUUAAUACUUCUAGUAAGCAGCACGCUCCGCAACAAGCUGCAUUUUUACGAGAAUUUUUACACACUCAUAACUUGUUGUUUCAGGAAAACGGCACGAGUUGUAUAGAACUUCCUAUUUUACCUUUGCCGUUACUGGACAGUAACAAUAUCAAGGUAUUAUACGGCCCAAUGGGCAAACAAACCGAAAAUAAUAUUCCGGCGAGUCACGUCACAUUCGAUAUCGAAAUGGACGACGCCAGAUGGUCGAAAAUGGAGGAAUUGCUGAUAACUGAGACGCAGGGUUCUUCACCCAUGAUAUUUAAACCGACAGUCGCGCUGUAUUCUAAAACAAGUAAUAAUACCGUAAAACCCAACGCGGUUCUAGACGAACCGGUACAUUAUUCUAUUGAGUUGCACAAUCCGUUACACGUUCCGCUACCGCUGUCAGACGUGACCUUGCUAUGGUCAUUUACUUGCAAUAACGAGACUAUCACGAACGAAACGAAAACGAUUGACAGUUCAAGCCCAGUUGAUUCGGACGUCAUAGACGCGAUUUUGUUGCAACCGGCGUGUAAACAGAAUAUCGUCUUGUCCUUUACGCCCAGGCGGGUGGGCGAGUUAAAAGUCCUAGGUAUAAGUUACAAAUUGUCCAAUCCGGUACAGACGAUGAGCGAUCCGUCAAUCGCAAAUUCAUCCAUCGUCAUUGCCGGUAAGAGAUUGUUCGAGAUUACACCACCCAAACUCAAGAAUGUCAAAGAGAAACCUGGUGUGAACGUAUAUGGGAAAGAUUAUAGGCUGGAAAUGAACGUGAUAGAAAAGGCGGCAUUCAUGCAGAUACUCUUUACUAAACUGUCGCCGGAAAUGUUGUGCGGUGAGGUACAAAGGGUGGAAAUUACAUUAAAGAACAUAGGUAAUGCUCCGUUGACAAAUAUAUAUAUUGCAUCGACCGACGCCAAACUUUUUACAUUAGGAAACGCGGAAGUCGAUAAACUUGGAAGUGAAGAUUUAGUAGCAAAGAAGAGCAGUAAAUCAGUCACGAAAGUGACAUUACCUGUUUCCAAGAACGGUGUGUUGAAUGUAGGGGAGACUCACAAAAUGCCACUUUGGGUGCAAGCACCUCGUGUGAAGGGAACUCACAGAUUAGAUCUGCUCUUCUAUUACGAAAGCGUCGAAUCAAAAGCCACUUUGAAACACCGUUUGUGCCGGCACAGCUGGCAAUUAACGGUGUUAGACUCGAUACAGAUCACCGCAGUUGCCGUCAGAAGCAGAUUAUUUAAAGACGAUUCGCCAACAUUAAAUUUAAUCAUGUCUGUUAAGAAUACCAAUCAGGUUCAUGAUCCAUCUAUAAAUGAAAUCAUCCUGUCUGAAGUGUCGCUUCAAAGCGCCAUAUGGUCCGCAUUUCACUCCUCGGUUCUGCCAUCGAGCGUAAAAGUGCAACCUCAGGAAGUGUUCCAUCUGAUGUUGAAGCUGAAUAAAAAGAAAGCCGACAGCGAGUCGACCAUUUCCGACGUGUCCCUAACUCCUGAGGGCGACAAUACACUGAUCAGCGAUUAUCCGUUCAUCAAUUUUGUACAGAGACGUCACAUUCAGCCGCUGGAUAUGAACGAGAGCGCGAACGACGCGCAACAAUUUCAGCAACAGAAUGCCGAGCGUAACUCUGUGUCGGAUAUCAUGGCAUUGAAUUCUACGCUUAUCGUCAAGUGGUGCGCCAACGUGACGGAGAGCGGCGUGAUCACCCGAAGGGCGGUCGGACAGCAUCAUCUCGAGCUCGAGCAUUUGAACAAUACCUACAAACAUCCGAAGGAACCGCGUACCGAGCGUAGCGAAUUUGGCGCACGCUUGAAAGUUUUUGGGCCGGAUCGAAAUGUAUCGAGUGCAAUAACUAUUCCUCUUAAGGAUUCCGUGUGGGAAGCAGAACAUAUGAAAAGUCUAAUCUCUUUUUCUCUUAGUCAUCAAAGGCAUGUCACACACAAUUUUCAGCGAAACCGAUUGUGUAUUGUUCCCGUCACGAUGUACUUGCAAAAUCACUCGGAGAUGCGAGUUGAUGUUAAAAUAACCACGAUAGGUACUAGUAGCGAAACUCAUCUUCCGAGUAUUAAAUCUCAAUUAUAUUCACCGCAAGCUUCGACGUACUACAAAUACGCUGGUCACUCGUCAAUUUAUUCCAACGUCGAAGCGCAUGCGAGUAAUAAUGUGGAGUUACACGCCGUGCUGUCUAGCGCGGGAACGUACGAUCUGGCCGCACGAGUAGAGAUCUCCGUUAAAGUUGUAAAUAACCAGGAGUACGUCGCUCAGAAAGGCAAAAUGGAGAGUAUAUGUAUCGUUAACGACGGCAGCGUUGAUUGCUUUGCGCGAUAACUCUUUGUACUGAGGUGGGUACACGGCGAGGUAUUUGCGUGAAUCAAAAUCUCCAGUUUCGGGAUCGAUUACGUUCAGUCACUAUAAUGUAAUUACUUAACUUUUUUACAACCCGUUAGUCACAAGCUACCUCACAGUAAAUCUACGAAGCAGUUGAGCGCGCAUGGCAGGAAUUUUUGAACAGUUUUUCUCAAUUGGGGAUGACUGCAUACCUUUGACUGCCAAAUAAAUGAUACACGUUACCUUUUAUCGAGACAUAUCGUCUAUAAAACACUUUUAUAAUUAUCAAUAAUUAUAAUUAUCCUCACUUUUUCUACUUUUUGUGCUUUUUCUACUUUUAUCGACGAAAGAGAUUCUUUUCUUUUACUACAAAUGAGUUUAUUUAAAUUUCCGACGUAUCGGAUAAGCAAAAAGUAACUUCUUCUGUUGUAAAGAAAAAAAAUAUUUUCAUUUCUCUACGUAAACUCAACAUGUAUUAAUAAUUUGGCGAUUGAUGAUGUGAUUGUUUAUGAUAACGUGAAGAAUAGAGAUUAAACAUUUUGCAAACACAUGAAACGCGGACGCAUAUUAAGAUUUUUUUUUUAAGCGUUUGGAGGAAUAUAAAGGAGAUCUUUUAGGUAAUAGGCUUGUAAUUUUUGUACAGUGUAUUUUUUAAGAAAUGUACAUAAGUCAAUUUUCCGUGAACAGAGUUUCAGUAUAGUUUACGAUAUAAUGCGAGAAAGGAACUCUGUAUAUAAAAAUUGUUAAAUUUGUGAGUUAAGUGAAUAAUGGGUACAAUUAUUUAGCACUUUUAACGGCGUUUGUAGCAUAUUGUCUUUCUCUCCAUAACACGUUGAACUUCCUAUUGAACAUAAAAAGUUUUUAAAUAACUUGUAAAAAAAUAUAUAAUCACUAUGGGACAAAUUAUCCUUUAUAAAAUAAAGAGAUUUAGAUUUUUGUAAAUUUAAUAGCAUGUGUUAGAAUAUUUAUUCUGUAAGUAUAUCUCAGAGAAUGUAUUAAAUCUUUGAUAAUAUAAAUAUAUGUACAAUUGUGUAGAUAUAGUUGA